CAAUUUUUUAUGAUUUGAUAAGCUAGACAGCCUCCUGUCAACGAUUUGGAAUAAAUAAUGAGAUAUUUUUUGGCUCUCUUUCUGCGAUUCAUCACAAGCAUGUAAACAGACCACAGCUUUUCCUGGACUUGGGUUCAUACAAAGUUCAACUGUGUUCUGUGUGUGUCAUUAUAUGCAGCAGAGAUGCAGCGAUCUCAGAAAUCCAUCGCUGAACACUGCUGUGCUGUGGACGCCAUGGUAUACAUUCACAAAGGCUAACCGAUACAUUCAUGGGACACCAUUGUCAAACACAAUAUCAUGACUGAAUGUUCACAUUACUAUGCCAACGUUCUGCAUCUCAUUAGAGUACUCAGCUGUUUGAUAUCUGAUUCGCUCUCUUCAAUAGCCGGCCGAGGGACGAGCUGCUAAAUGGGUUGCUCUCUCUUUUCUAUGGGCAACGCAUGGAUUGCAGGAUGCUAUAUAAAGAGGAUGCUACAGUGGAUUCUACAAUUGUAGGAAAUGUGCAUUGAGUUCCCAAUAUUUUGAAACGACCAAAUGUUUGAUGCAUUAUGGGAAGACUUAUUACAAACAGAAUGGCGGCCAAAGUCUGCGAUAGCGAUGGUGGAACGGGAUUUUCACAACCUUUGAAAAAUUCAAGUACAAAAUGGCAACCCCCUCCAAGAAAACACUGUAUUGCUCAAGUCACAGGCGGACUAGAAGACAUCUAUACAAAGAUAGAAUCUGGUUGGCAAAAUGCAGAUGAAGAUUUUUCAAAGUGCAUCAAUGAGGAAAAUUUCUUCCAACCAAAUUCUAAAGAUUUUUUUUCCAAAGGAGGACUGCUAGCAGGGCGAUACCAGGUAAUACGUAUACUUGGACGAGGUAUUUCAUCAACCAUCUUACAAGCUCAGGAUACAUUUAGACCAGGUCUCUAUGAAGUUGCCAUUAAAGUUCUGAAACCAGAGUUCUACAGACUGGGCUAUCAAGAGAGCCACCUUAUUGCAGAGCUGAAUAAGGCAGAUAGUGAAAACUUCUGUGGAAUUGUCAGAUUAUUGAAUACAUUUACACUAGGAUCUUUUUUCUGUAUGACAUUUGAACUUCUACGACCUUGGCCCCUUCACCAAGUGUUCAAAAAGAUUACUGACAAGAAAGAGGUAAGUAAAAAAACUACAAAAAUAUACAAUUGAAAGUAUUGAUUUUGUAAGUAUUUUUCUUAGCGGUUUACUUGGCGAAGCAAAAUGCUUUAACUUGUGUUUAGAUCACAUCUAAGUAUUUUACGUUAUCAAGCCAAAGUUAAAAAAAAUACUUACUGGUAAUUACCAUUGUGAUGUCAUAAAAUUUGAGCCAAAUAACGUGCAAUGUAUGUAUGUAUCCAUCUGUAUGCAGAAUAUAUAAUUAUGUGUAUCACAUUUGUAAACUGCACGCAAGCCAGACCCAAGUAUGGUAGGCAGCUGAUUUAGAAUUACGCAAAAUAUUUAGCCAAAAAUUGCAAUUGAAUACCAAAAGUCGAUAAGUACUUAAGCAAAAUACUGAGAAUACUUAAAGUUCUGGCUGAAGUAUCAAGCUGAAUACCAGCCCUGGUAUGUACAUGUACAUGUAGGUGAUACCAUGACUGUUAAUAUUUCAAUUUGCAGACUUACAGUUUCAUUAUUUUCCCUUAUUAGAAAUAGAAGACACCUUGAAAAUACAUAAUGGUACCAACAAAAAAUCAUACUUUUUACAAAAUGCAGUUGUUAUUCAGUCUGCAUAUUAUUCAUUUGCUUCCUGAUUAUGCCUAUGGCACAAUUCUGUUGAAAAGUAAGAAAAUAAAAUAUGAGUUCUCUCUAACUUUGUUUUUAUGUUAAGUUUGAAGUACAGUAUGUUGUCAAAUGAAAAGGAAAGAUUUUUUUAGAGAAAGAGAGAGAGAGAGAGAGAAAGAUCAAAAUAAGCAUGGUACUUAGAUUCCAUCAAAAUCAGAAGAAAUGAUAUUGGAUAAUGGCAUUUUGAAGGGGAGAGAUAUAGAAUAAUUGGAGUAAUAGUGUUUUGAAAAGAUUCCUUUAAGUCUAGUUUUUACAACAAAGAAAUCAUAGGUUCAAGAAGGAUUUGCAAUCCAGGUACAGUAUUGUGAUGGUUAAAUCAUGCUUGUUAAUGGAAGCUUUGCUUUCCUCAUUUUCAAGAAAAUGUCUGUAUCCCUAACGUAUCUAGUGUUAUAAAAAGCAUGGUAAUUUCAAUCUGCAUUUUGUGUAUUAUCUCUGCAGGUAUCAUUUGGCAAAGUAUUUACAUAAAAGGGAAAAUUCUCUAGGGCUAAGCUUUCAACGGUUUGAAAUGGCAUUAUGUGAUACAUCAAAGCAAUAUAAUUUCAUAGAAUAACUGUUGGCUUAUUUCACUCACUUGAUAUCACAUAAAAUGUUUUAAAGACUCCAAGGUGCACACAUUCUUGAGAAUGUAGGAAUCAGUAUGUUGACACUUUCUUAAAAAUGAGUGUUAGCCGAUACAGAAAUUUUCCGAUUAAGGCAACAAUAAAAUGAUAAGGAAUAUCCUACAUGUAUAUCCUAGCUCUAAUAGGGGAGGAUAUGGUACAUUUGAUUUAAAAAAAUGAGUGAUCAUUAUGACCACUUUCAUACCAAUAUGUAAGAAACACCAUAAUAACUAAAUGUUUUUGGAAACAUUUCAGAUAUUUUUUUCCCCUGGAUGCACUGUGAAGUUAUAACAUAGGCGAUAUUGUGUUUCUUAUGUUUACAUGUACAAUGUAGAUGCUCUUUAGUCAUUAGUAGCUAAUAAAGAAUAUUGCGAUGAUCAGGUAUCCAGAGGAAUCAACUUUUUCCAAGUCAGUAGGAUUGAGAAGCAAAAAAACAAAAACAUAAAAACAAUAGAAUACCUUGAAAAUUUUGGAAAGGAAAUGACUUUGUUUUGGUUCUGCCUCAUUGCAUUCAAGUAAAAAGAAAAGACUCCCAGUAGAACCAUUUAAUAUGCGUAUGGUUUGUCUAGAUGUAUUUGAUGUACCCACAUACAUGUAUCUACAAUAAAGUCUCAUAAAUCUCUUUACUAACACUAAUGAUGUACCGGUAAAUGUAACAAUAAAAGGCAUGAACUUUUAAACCAUUUAUGAGUACCAGUAGAAAGUGUGAAGAGAAGUUGAAAUAUAGUUCAACUUCCUUUCAUAAUUCAGGAUAUAUGGUAAGAAGUCUCAAGGUGCCUUGCAACCAAAUUUGAUUUUUGUUGAUGUGCACAUGUAUGGAUGCAAACAAAUCAUUUAUCAAACAACUAUAU